CCAAAAUUCUCAUUCGUCUCUGUCUUCCGAAAAAUAAAGGAAUUUACACCAUAUAUGCUCUCAACAAGUAAAGCAAAGCAAUAUCUAAAUUCGCUUCAAAUUAAGCUCAACCUCCUUGCCUAUGGCGGACCCAAAUCCAUUCCUUACGGCUGACCAUAACCCUGAAAGAAAUGGAUCUUCCAGCCAAUCCCACCUGCAGGUUCCCGAUUUGGCCGUCCAAAAGAAGCCUAAGAGAAACAUGUAUGCUUUAGCUUGCUCUAUUUUAGCUUCGAUGACAUCGGUCUUACUCGGAUAUGAUACAGGAGUGAUGAGUGGAGCUACGAUUUACAUCAAGAAAGACCUCGGAAUCUCCGAUGUCCAAAUAGAGAUCCUAGUAGGGACCAUAAACAUCUACGCCCUUGUUGGCUCCGCCGUGGCCGGACGGACCUCCGACUGGAUUGGCCGCCGUUACACCAUAAUCUUCGCUUCGGCAAUCUUCUUUAUCGGAGCUCUGUUAAUGGGCCUGGCAACCAACUAUGCAUAUCUUAUGGUCGGCCGGUUUGUGGCCGGGAUCGGAGUUGGCUAUGCGCUGAUGAUCGCUCCCGUGUACGCCGCCGAGGUAUCUCCGGCAGCAUCUCGUGGAUUCCUCACUUCUUUCCCUGAAGUCUUCAUCACUUUUGGGGUAUUGCUAGGAUAUGUAUCCAAUUAUGCAUUUGCCAAACUUCCAACUAACUUGGGCUGGCGAUUCAUGCUUGGUAUUGGUGCACUUCCAUCAAUUUUCCUAGCUGUUGGUGUCCUAUUCAUGCCCGAGUCACCCCGGUGGCUAGUCAUGCAAGGUCGUAUAGGCGAAGCAAGAAGAGUCUUGGAAAAAACUUCGGACUCAUUAGAAGAGGCCAAAAUGAGAUUGGCUGAUAUUAGAGAGGCUGCAGGAUUGUCAGAAAGUUAUCGCGACCUCGAAAUCAUUUCUGUUCCAAAACGAAGCCGUGGUGAGGAUGUAUGGAAAGAAAUAUUCCUCCACCCUACACCAACGGUCCAACACAUUAUGUUGGUGGGCGUUGGCGUGCAUUUUUUUCAACAGGCGAGUGGCAUAGAUGCUGUUGUGUUAUACAGUCCCCGAAUUUUUGAGAAAGCUGGUUUAAAAACUGAGACGGACAGACUACUCGCAACUAUAGCCGUAGGAGUCUCGAAAACUAUCUUCACCUUAGUGUCCACAUUUUUCCUAGACAAGAUUGGACGACGAGUUUUGCUUCUUUCAAGUUGCGGUGGUAUGGUAAUCUGCCUCAUAGGUCUGGCCAUUGGAUUGACUGUAAUCGAUCAAUAUCCCGAUGAACAACUAACGUGGGCCAUCGCCUUGUGCAUUCUCAUGACAUUAUUAGCCGUUGCUUUUUUCUCGUCGGGGAUGGGUCCCAUUGCAUGGGUCUACAGUUCCGAGAUCUUCCCAUUGAGGCUAAGGGCCCAAGGUUGUGGUAUGGGAGUCGCAAUGAAUAGAUUCAUCAGUGGGGUGAUCUUAAUGUCAUUUAUAUCCCUGUACCAGAGUAUUACAAUUGGAGGGGCUUUCUUUUUAUUUGCAGGGGUUGGAAUUAUAGCUUGGAUUUUCUUCUACACAUUGCUACCGGAGACACGGGGAAGAAACCUGGAGGAUAUGGAGGUCCUGUUUGGUUCUUUCUGUAGAUGGAGAUCCACCAGUAAUGCAUUAGAGGAGAAGAAGAAGAGAAUGGAGGGCGAUUUUUAUGGACUUCCUAAACCACAGUAACCUGGUAUGUCGAUCUACGAUAUUAGACCCGUAAUCGACUUUAUUUAAAAGUGAAAUAAGUAGAAAUCUUGAUUGUUGUAAUAUGCACUACUUGCUGAGUAGUGAAAAUGCUUGUGGUCAUUUUUGUUCUUUGUAAUAGCUGGCUUGGUGCAUGCAGACGUUCUCAAGGGAACUUCUCCUUGUAUUGCAAACACUCCCCAGUAAUUUCUUCAUAUCGAAAGAGUCCUGUCCCAUUAUUAUUUGUGUACACGAUUGGUUGAAUAUGAUAAAAUGCUAGUUCUCAUGCAAUUUAUUAUUUUUAAA